AGAAGUUGGCCGAAAUCACCCUGGAACUGGCCAACCAAUAACUAAACCUGAGAUUAUCCAUGACUACAACAAGUUCAUGGGAGCAGUUGACAGAUGUGAUCAGAUGGUGGCCUAUUCUUGCUUCAGGCGACGCACCAUGAAAUGGUGGAAGAAAGUGUUCUUCCACCUGUUUUCCUUAAGCAUCCUGAAUGCUUACAUCCUGUACAAGCAAAGAACCCGGUCACCUGUGCUGCAAAGGACUUUUAGAAGGGAGCUUGUGAAGGAGCUUGUUAGGAAUUCUGGCAUCUCCCAUUCUCUCACUCCGAGAGGCCGCCCAAGGAGGUCAGCCGAAGGCUUAACCCGUCUUCAAGUUGGAGGUCACUUCCCAGAGAAAAUAUUGGGCACUGGGAAGAAGUCCAACAUCACCCGGGCAUGUGCGGUUUGCUUUCCUGCCCAAAAGAAGAUCCUAAAAAGGGCAGGAGAGAAAAGGAAGAGGCCAGGAAAAGAGUCUAGCUUUCAGUGCAGUGUCUGUAAAGUAGCCCUCUGUAUACAGGACUGCUUCCAGUUGUUCCACACUGUUCAGGACUAUGUUGCUGCCUACAUUCGAAGACACGAUGCCAAUAAUGACAAUGAGGAUGCUGAAACUAACUGAUCAUAACCAUUAUUCAUCUUUUGUUUGGUUUUGUUAGGUUUUGAAGUCAAUUCAAACACAGAAAUACAUAAAUUUACAACAUAGACCCCAACAACUGAGCUGACUGUUUUGAACUAAUUCAAAACCAAACAAUGUACAUAAAUUCCUAAUUUUGAUUAUGUGUUGACUUGACAAGUAUGCAGUCUUGCUACUGUAUUGAGAAAAACAAAUGUUGUCACAGACACAGGAAUUGUUUUAUUAAGCUGGUGGACUAGGGCUUAACUCUGAUUGCCAUUUUAGGCUUGUACAGAUAAUUUUUGGAAGAAAUUGAUAUGAUUUGUUUUUUGUUAAUGUAUAAUUUUAGUCAAGUUUUUCCAAAAGCAUGAUUUCAUAGCUAAAAUUUUAAAAGCAAAAUAGGUUAAAAGUUUAUUGUAAUAGAAUAAUCAGAAAGGCAAUUUCUUAAGCUUUAAUUUGAUAUAUAGGUUGUUAGGAUUUGAUGAAAUGUAAAGCUUGCACUGCUGAUGAAAGGAUCAACUGUCGUGUAUAAGUGUGUUACUAAAAAUAAAGUCAGUUUAGGGGAUUGUAA